AUGAAAGUACAACCCGCUAGUACUGAAGUUGAUGAAACGGAUGUCAUGCUCAUGAAAUUGGCCGUGUUGGUGGCUAGUCGAUCCGAAUUGUCAACACAAGGAAAACCUUCUGUGGGUUGUAUUAUUUACCGCUAUGGAGAUCCCAGUCUACCAAGUUUUUUUUCACUGGGAUGGAAUGGGUUUGUGAAAAAUAAAAGUAAAAUAGAUCUUCAUUUGGCUGGAGAGAGUGACCAAAAAAAACAAAAAAAAUUGUUUCAAAAUUGCUGCCUUCAUGCUGAAAUGAAAGCCGUUUUGUUUUCUAACUGUACCCUCAAGAAAGCUAUCGUUUAUGUUACUCAUAUGCCUUGCUCCAAUUGUGCAAAGGUACUCUGCGAGGCUGGUGUUAGGCGCGUAUAUUAUCUGUUUUUAAAGAAGGACAGUAAUAUUGACCCGUUUACAGCAAAUAAGACGACAUCAUGCAUAUGCUUUCCUCGUCGGGACCUGAUACUUGAGGACUUCGGCUUGGAAAAGCUUGAACAGUGGGGCAUUACCCAUGGAGACACUGAUUCGAAAAGUAAACCAGAGGAUUGUGAAUCUUAUGUGGGUACUGAAGAUCACAAUUAG